CAGUGUUCUAGUCUAGUGUAAUGUCAGAUAUAGCUGUAAGGAAACAUUCUUUCAAUUUCAAAAAGCAAUAAGGAUUUUGUGUGAUUUUACAGUACACAAAGGGCAAGCUCCUUUUCCAAUAGCCACGAAUAUAUACAUUUCAUUAAAGGUCCUGCUGGUCCCCAUUGAUUUGCUUAGUGUUUUUUUUUUCUCUCCAUACUAUGGAAGUCAAUUGGGACCAGCAACUGAAGGUGAACUAUCCCUUUAAUUACCAUGAAAUAACUAUCACCCCACUGUACCGAGAGAGUGCACAUUUAACCCGUGUUUGUGCAAUAACACCUGCAAUAAACGAGAAUGGGUUGAUAAACGACAAUACCCCAAUAAACGAAUUAGGUAAACAAACUCUGGGACGCUAAUGGACCACUUUGAAUGCAAAUAUCCGAUAUGUUAUUUGAGCGGGGGAAAAGAAGGGAGGGCUCUUGUUGUCACUUGCCACCCAAGACGUGAUUCAGCCUCAACAAUUACCAUUAUCUGUUUCCCACUUUUCACGAAUUCGGACGAAUCAGUAAUGAUGAAGAGUGUUACCCUCCAUCAUUGUGAAAGUGUAACGGGCUAUUCUUUGCCGAGUUCACACCUACCAUAACAGGGAUUUAAGUACACGAGUCAUUGAGGUACUUAGAACCCAUAAGGAGGAGAGGCCUCAAAGCAGCCACCAAGUGCUGUUUAUAUAAACACCGCGACAUCAGUGUACACAUUGUCACUUGGAUGCGCGUCUUGAGAACGCACGCAUCACUUCAGCACUGCGCGACCGAGGAUAGCUCUUCAAGAUCGAGAACCAGUCCUGGAACUAACAGCAAUCCAGCGCUACAGAUGGCUAUUUCUAACAAGUUCAGUUUCACCGUGAGAAGUAUUUUGGAUUUGCCAGAAAAUGACACUGAGAGCAUCGCGCACCAUUCUCCAGUGGACUCCUUCUCCGUUUCACCUUACUCGUCCUGGACUGAAAACGACAGAGAACAUAUAUACGAAAGCAACCUUGAGGAUUCACCAGACUCCACCGGGCCAGAUGUGCAUGAAAAGCGGAAGAAGCGUCGCGUGUUAUUCUCCAAGGCUCAGACGCAUGAACUGGAAAGACGCUUUCGCCAGCAGCGGUACCUGUCCAGUCCAGAACGAGAGCAGCUCGCGCACCUGCUACGCCUCACGCCCACGCAGGUGAAGAUCUGGUUUCAAAACCACAGAUACAAAAUGAAGAGAGCGCGGAUAGAGUGCGCUCAGGACCUCAAUCAGCUUCCAGUGCUGCGCAGAGUCGUGGUGCCCAUAUUGGUCCAAGAUGGCAAACCGUAUCCGAACUGUGCUAUUGAUGCAGAAAAAGGAAGCUACAUCGUUCCACCAACAGUACCACCCUCACCCUUCAGCGUUCAAGGUUUCCAGUCUUUACAGCAACAGACGCCAUUUGCGCUUUUACCCACAUACCAGCACUUUACCAACACAACGGCCUCCCGUCACCACUUUUGUGUUUGGUGAGACUCACUUAGGACCACUCGAACUAUUUUCGGGACUUACCCCACAGGACAGUGCAUGGAUUCCACUUGAUUCAAGUUGUUUUUAAUUACAUAAAGUGUUAGGUCUAUUAAAGUAGAAUCUCUCAGCGUUGAUUAGAUAAACAAUAAAUGCUGUUUGCACAUAUGUUCUAUUUAGUCUUUGUAAGAUUUUGUGUAUUAACUGAUGUUGUGCAUAAUUGCCUAUAGAUCGUGUGUUGUUGAACUGUUUGUAUUUGUUCUAAACCAAAAGAUUAUAUAUCAGUGAGAAAAAUGUUUUAUGUUUAAUAAUGUGAAUAUUGUAGUGUUAUAAUUUGAUGAAAUUUCAUCAUCUUAAAGUGUUAU